GGGAUGCUGCAUGCUGUGCGGGGAACCUGGAACCUGGAUAUCGAUGAUUGUUUAGAACACCGAUGUUCUUCGGUGUCUUACGAGAUUUUCGUGCGAAUGGAAUCUGGGGAGUUUAGAAUCUGGUGGGAUUGAAAUUACCUAGCAAAUAUUAAAACAAACGUCAGAAGAUGUAUUCUAAUCUGCAACCUCAAAGCUUGCGCCAAUUUACUAUCUCAGAAUCAAUUUCCAAAUUCCGAAAUCCAUUACAACCACUGUGUACAUAAUUUAUCCUCGCAACACUUCCGAACUCCAACACAGGUCACAAAAAUGGCAACGUCAUCUACGCCAACCGAUGACUCCUUCCAACUUUACGAUCUCCGCGUCGAAGUUGUUUGUCCUCCCUCGUCUAAAAUUCUCUGUGGCGCCAAGGAAGGCGAUCAUUUUACCCUUGAGGGAGAGAUGUUAUAUCUACCUGCUGGACAGGGAAUCAGUAUCUAUAGUUUAUGUUCGUCCUCUCUUCUCCCAUACAAUUUCCUCAUCCCCCUAUAUGUAAACUCAAGCGAAAUUAACAAAUUGACAGCAUCUGUACUUCCUCUCCUAGCAGCAAAACAACGUUCCACACAUGCAAGUGAUUGGAUGACGACAGAUGGUUUAAUUGCAUGUCCAGAUCCUAACUGUGGGAGUCAGUUGAAAAUUAUAAGGACGGGUUUGAGGACGUUUAGACAUGGGGAAACUACGGUGGUGGGAUUGGAGGGGAAUGUUUAGGGGAUGGAUACGUGAUUUUGUAAUGAGAGCUGGCAAGCAGCUUGAUGGAUAAAUCAUGAAUCCGCUACUUGUGUCAUUUUUGUAUCGAUGUAAAGGUCACAAAUUAUAAGAUCUUACAAAUAUUGUUAAAGAUCU